GCUGGAGUCGCCAGUUGUUUGGCAGGAAUUUGACAUUCCCCUUUAUCACCACAAAUCAUUUGAUGCGCGUAAAUCUAAGAACACUAUCAACUAGAUACCAAAAUUGUAAAAGUGCGCCGUCGGUCGGCGAUCCCAAUAAAGAAUUCAAAGAAAAUUCCUCAAAAACUAAAAGGAAGGGAAAAAAAAAUAAAGAAUUGGUUGAGGAGCUUGAGAAACAUGACGUGACAGACAAAACCUCAAAAAUUUUGCUCGAGGAAUUGUGGACGCACAAAACUCUUGCAGAAAAAUUAUCUUUGAAGCCCCCCAGUCCUGUCGGUUGUUGGCAGGACAUUGAGGCUUACAAACCAAAAGUCAAAUCAUUGAACAUCGAGGAAUAUAAAAAGUUACAUUCUCGGAUAAAUCGAGGAUUUGUAGUGGAACAAAUUCGAGAAUUCCUGAAGAAUCACGGUCAACCUUCAAAAGGCAAUAAGGAUAUAAUGGUCGAUGAUAUAAUCCAGAAAAUUUGGGAAGUACCUAAACCAAUAGAAAUAUUACAAGAAA